UCUAUCGUAAAACUUCAUACAGCACGAUCAUGGCUCCCACUCUCAACUUUGAUAGGGAACAAAACCAGGUUCUUUUCACUGGAAAUUCUUGUGUGAAGGUAGUGAUACUAAACAGACCUGAGAAGCUAAACAGCCUUAACCAUGAAAUGAUUUGUCAAAUAAGAAGUAAUUUAGAGUUGUAUGAGAAUGACCCUUUAGUCCAACUUGUGAUAUUGAAGGGUAAUGGAAAAGCUUUUUGUGCUGGUGGUGAUGUGGUAUCAGUGAUUACGUCUUCAGUUGCAGGACACUGGACCUAUGCAGCUAGCUUUUACAAGAAACAGCUUACUCUGGACCAUUUGAUUGCAACCUAUAAAAAGCCUACAAUCUCUCUUAUCAAUGGAAUAGUGAUGGGAGGAGGAGCAGGUCUGUCUAUGCCCACAAGGUUUAGGGUUGUCACUGAAAAAGCAGUAUUUGCAAUGCCAGAGGCAUCUAUAGGACUUUUUCCAGAUGUAGGAGCCAAUUACUUCCUUUCUAGACUUCCUGGCUUUUUUGGGGAAUAUCUAGGGUUGAGUGGAGCACGUUUGGAUGGAGCAGAAAUAGCUGCAUGUGGUUUAGCCACACAUUUUGUGCCUUCAACAAAGCUAAAGUCAUUGGAAAAUGCCUUACAAGUUCUUAAUUCUCCAAAUGUUUCAACAAUUUCUUCACUGAUAGAAACCUUCGCAGAGAAACCAAAUGUGAAAGAAGACAGCCCUUUUAGGAGGUUGGAAGUUAUAAACAAAUGUUUCUCAAAAGAAACCGUGGAGGAAAUACUUGAAUCAUUGGAAGAACAUGAAUCAGAAAAUGGAGCUGAAAAAUGGAUUACGAAUGCGUUAAGCUUCAUGCGCUCAUCUUGUCCUACUAGCCUCAAGAUAUUUCUCAAAUCUGGUUCGAGAGCAAAGCUAUUCGAUAAAGACAACAAGCCUAAGUGGGAGCCUCCGAAACUAGAGCUUGUUGAUGAAGAAAUGGUGAAUCAAUACUUUAAAAAUAUGAAUGAUGAGGAGUGGGAAUAUCUUCGAUUUCCUGAUAGAUCCAAUUACCAAAUUGCGUGCAAAUUGUAG